GAUUUUUUUCGGAACGCUUAUUUUUUAUUAUACACAGUAAAUCAAUGAUUGGAUACAAAUGGCUUUCGAUUAGUACACUGGCAGUGUUAUGUUUAUCGGCGGUAAACGGUCAACCUUUCAAGUUGAGCAUCCAACGUCUACCAUUGGAUCUCGCAUUGCCCGGACGACAGUAUAACCAACCAUCCAACAAACACACCAAUGCGAUCGAACCAGCCAAGCACAAACAACUCGAUUACAGCCCCUCUACCGAUUUGUACAAUAUUAUUUUCAAUUGGAACGCCAAAGCAUCAAUUCAACGUGGUUUUUGAUACAGGCUCUCCGUUUUUAUGGAUUGCUUCAAACGCAUGUUCCCAUCUUCGAUGCCCGGGGAUGACACAGACUUACGAUAGUGAUGAUUCAUCGACGUUUGUGGACCAACACAACCUGUAUUCCAUUCGGUAUGGAUCCGGGGCUACCCGAGGCAAAGUCGGCACUGACACCGUUUGGUUCGGUGAACUUGCAGUGAAGAAUCAAAGUUUUGGUUUGGCAAGUCAAGUCAGUCACGGCGUCCUUUCUCCAUUCGUGCAUGGUAUUCUCGGGUUUAGUCCCAGUGGUGGUUCUGUCGGACUGAACAAAGAACACAAAUUGCUUGCAACGCCAAUGGAAAAUUUAAUUGCACAAAAAGUCAUUGAGCACAAUAUAUUUAGCGUGCAUUUUGAACCGAUUCGAUCAGCCGACGAUCUGGAGAAAGCACUAGGAACAUUGACGCUUGGUGAAUUGCCACCAAAGGAUAGUUACCAGGGGGAUAUCCAAUGGGUGCCGACCAUUACAUCUGGUUCUCUCGGUAACUUUUGGGCCGUGGAAAUGAACGGCUUCCGUGUCGGCGAUCAAGUCUUUUCAGAGGAACCGCUCAAAGGCAUUGUAGAUACAGGAUCGACGCUUAUUGUUCUUCCGAGCCCGAUGGUGGAUGCUUUUUACAAGCGUAUUCCCGGGGCGAGUUAUGACCGGCGAUUGCAGUUUUGGACGGUUCCUUGUCGCUCAAUUCCGUCGUUGCCGACAAUUACGUUUGAACUGGCGAAUGGGGUUUCACUCACAUUGACAGGAGAACAGUACACGGCUCCCGAGUGGCAAGUACCCAUGUGGCAAAGCCGGGCUCACGUCUGUCCCGUCUACAUUGUUGAUUUCCAUACCAACGCAUUCCAGUUCAUCAUUGGACAAAAACUGUUGGAAAACUAUGUGUCCAUCUAUGACGCAGAUAAUGCCCGUGUGGGCUUUGCACGAAACGCUUAGACUCUCUUUUUCUUCUUUUUACUCGACUCCAAUAAAUAACAAUCGGUAUACGAUAGCUUUCGUUCAUUCCUUGUAAAAUAAUCUUUAUACUUUCUUAAACUAUUUCAACCUCAUGUGCAACGAUCAUCGGGACAGAGACGAUUCUUCUGAUGACGACUUCCCUGAGUCUUUGUUCCAUAAACUAUGUGAUGCUCAUUGCCAUCCUCACGACGAUCGACAACACCUCCAGGACAUU